UUAUUAGAUUCACCCAGUAACUAGCAGAAUGGUUAUUGUCUAAAAUCUGGAUUGAGUCUACAUUAAGUCAACCAAGUGUUGGAGAAUUGUGGCUCUCAACUUAUGCUGUGUCCCAUUCUUAGAAGGCUUCUCUUUUCAUCACUUAGGCUUCGGGCUGAAGCAGCUGGUUACUGUACAGUCCCAGUUAAUCCAAACAUGAUGACCAUUAAAGAAGUGCGAGACAGUCUGAUAAACAUGGUGGGAGUCAGAAAAAAAUGGAUCAUUGAAGAGACCAAAGUAACUGGUGUUAUGCAAAAGGUUGUCAGUGACCAGUCAUUAUUGCCUAAACGUAAGCCCAGUGACAGUUAUGUGCAAGCUGUCAUUCCACUAAGUGACCCAGAUAAUAAUGUUCGAGACAAGUACAUCACAUUUGCUAAAAAAAUCCGAUUUGGAAGACUUUUGGAAGAUUUUGAUUCACUUGCAGGGCUUAUCUGUUACAACCAUAACUUGAACCCUGCCCUUGGACCUGAUCAGAAGUCUCCUUACGCAUUUGUGACUAGGCUUGUGGACCGUAUUGAGCAGUCCCCUACCAAGCUUUUAUCACCGUACAAAGAUAUCAUCCUAGAUGGUCAAGUGACCUGGGUCGGUCGUUCAUCUAUGGAAUGUACAAUGAAUAUAAAACAGGAAAUUGAUGGAGAGUUAGUCAAAGUAAUAACAGCUAGAUAUCUGUUUGUGGCAGUGCUGUCAGAGACUAGCACCCCUGGCGUUGUGAACCCACUAGAUCCACAGACCCCUGAGGAAAUAGCACUCUUCAAACUUGGAGAAGAAAACAAGAUCAAACGUCAGAGAGAAACCACUCAGUCACUGUUGAAAACACCACCUACAGAAGAUGAAAGACUAAUUAUACACGAUCUAUUUUUGUCUACUGUAGACCUUAACUCUGGCACAUUUAAAGUACGUGUGAAGCCAGAGAAUACAGUUUGGAUGGAGGAUGCAAUCAAGAAGACUCUUCUUAUAUGUCAUCCAGAGCAAAGAAACCUGUACAACAAAAUCUUUGGAGGUUUCUUAAUGAGGAUGGCUUAUGAGUUGGCUUGGGCAAAUGCCUCUAUUUAUGCGAGAAAACGUCCAAGAUUGUGCAAAGUUGUGGAUGACAUCCUGUUCAAUAAACCAGUAGAAAUAGGUUCACUUCUACUCCUCUCCUCACAGGUUGUGUACACCAAGGGCUCUGACCUGCAGAUACAUGUCCACGCAGAGGUUGACAAUCUUGAGCGAGGCAUCAAUGAAAAUACAAACGACUUUCACUUCACAUUUGACAUGGGGGUCCCUAACCUUCCUCGUGUUAUACCGAAAACAUACUCUGAAUCCAUGUUGUACCUAGUGGGUAAAAGGCACUAUGAAAGUUGAGAGUGAUAUCAUCACAGCAGUUCACUAUGAGGAUUGUUUGAAUCUUGUUAAAGAGUUUUAAUAUUAUAGGAACUAAUUGAUUUUUUUACUUUAUUGAAACCAUAUUUAUUCUGAGCACAUGUAACCUAUUGGUGAAAAUAAUUCUGUAUUUAUUUAUUUAUCAAAACUGAAUCACAUUGGGUGAACAACUUUUUGACUUUCAUUAAUAUUUUUUGGGGGGCGCUGGUUAAAAGUCUAGUCUGUGCACAAGUUUUUGGUGAAGGAAGAACAUAGUCAGACUAUCUAAUCACUUAGUCAGACUAUCUAAUCACUUAGUCAGACUAUCUAAUCACUUAGACUAUCUAAUCACUUAGUCAGACUAUCUAAUCACUUAGUCAGACUAUCUAAUCACUUAGUCAGACUAUCUAAUCACUUAGUCAUAAUGAUGGUUAUGAUUAUUUACACAUUGCUGUUGUUGGUCUGCUGUUAGCUUACUAGUUCCCGCUUGCAGUGUCAGGUGUCUAUCGAUGCCACUGGUAAUUAUUGCUACCCUUGUUCAUAAUUCCUGUAUGACUUUGUCUGCAGUCAAUUAUAUGUCACAUCAAGCAUUGAAUAAAUGCCAAGCUUCAAUGCCCUCUCUUUCUUGUGUCAUUUACUGUGGCUGAAGAGUGCGGACUUGACCUUUUUAUGCUCUGCAAUUUGCUGAAAUUUGGAUUUAUAGCUUUAAUCAAUAUUUAUCAAGUCAGUUUUUUUUUUAUUUACCAAAGAUUACCUGUAAGACAUUGUCGUUUGUCUAGAAUGCAUGACUAAUUGAACUUGUUAUGUUUAUCACUUUUGUUUAGUUUUUUUUGUCUAUUUACAGACAAAUUGUGUGUAUGACUUUUUGCUCACACUUUUUGUUUCUUUUGUACAUCUGGAACCUCAUUAACACCUCCUUCUGACGUAUCUACGCAGGAACUGUAAUUGAGUGGGAUGUUGGCGAUUGUCUUUGAUCAGAUUUUAUGCUCUGCAAGAGAUUGUAUGAGAGAGACCAUGCUAUGCAGGAUACUAUUCUCUGUGUCAGAAAUUUUUUCUAUACAAAAGAUUGUAUUAUGCAAGAAACUAUCUUAUAAGACUGAUUAUGAUAUGCAAGAGACUGUCUUAUAAGACUCUUUAUGAUAUGCAAGAAAAUGUCAACCCUGUGAGAGACGAUUGUGGCAUACAAGAGAUUGUACAAUGCAAGAGGUUGUGUUUUGUUUACAAUUUGUUCCACAAAAUUUUUGUUGCCAAGACAGUGUCAGCAACGGCCAAUGGCUUCCUAAUCUUUGGAUUUCAUAGCAAAUGUUCUUCCUUGAGUUGUUAAUUUUAACCAGUUCGUUAAGUAAUCUGAAAAUGAGGUCAGUGGUGUCCCAAUUAUGUGUGCAUACUGACAAUGCAAAUCAGCCAUUAUAUGUCAAUACAGCCAUUUCUUUCUCUUUUUGAAUUACAAAUUGAAAAUCCGUUUCAUAAAACUACUAUACAGAACAUGGUAGUGUACUCAUCCAGUUUUUGCAGUGAAUCUCACUUUAUGUGUGUAUAUAUUUUUUUUACUGCUGAUAACUAUACUGUUAUGUAUAAUUCAAUGGAUAUUACUAAGAUGUUUUAUAAUGUUCAAAAGUGUUCAUUAGUGACUCUACAUACUGUAAUGGUCAUCACAGAGGGAAGACUUGAAAUAAUGCUUGUAUAGUACUUAUAAUUCUUAAAUUUUUUUUUUUUUAUAAUUCAUUAUAUAUUUUGUCACCCCUUUACAGAUUGUUUUGUGGUUAAUUAAACCUUAUAAUUUACAA